AUGUCGAAGUCAUUUGUUCGUUCUAUUAAAAAUGUCACUAGUGGAUAUUCGUCGGGGCAGGUGCUCGUUAGAAAUGCUACGUCCAACGACCCAUCAGGGCCGACCACUUUUGAUAUGGAAGAAAUAGCAUCCCGGACGUACCAAUCUCAAACAGACUUUUUAGAGAUAAUGGACAUGAUUGACCGUCGUCUUAACGAUAAGGGAAAAAACUGGAGACAUGUGGCCAAAUCUUUGACGGUAUUGGACUACUUGGUGAGAUACGGGUCUGAAAAAUGUGUGCUCUGGUCGAAGGAUAAUUUGUACAUUAUUAAGACGUUACGGGAGUUCAUACACUUUGACGAGGCGGAAAAUGACCAGGGGGCGGUGAUCCGGGUGAAGGCCAAGGAAUUGGUUUCGUUGUUGAGGGACGAUGAGAGAUUGCAGCACGAAAGAGAGUUGGCAGCGAGGGCACAGAAUGGAUAUGGAAAUCGCUCGGGUCGUGAUAGAAGAAACCGUAGGGGAUCAAGAAGAAAUACUGUGAACAGCAAUAACAGCAGGCCUGCAACAGCGGAUGAUGACGAAGAAUUGCAAAAGGCGUUGGAAAUUUCGAGGGUCACGGCCGAAGAAGAGGCCAGACGCAAGAACCAAAACCCUAAUGACGACGAUUUGCAAGCUGCAUUGAAGUUGUCGAUGGAGGAGGAAGAAAUGAGAAAGUUGAAGCGCCAGCAAAAUGAAAACUUACUUGAUUUGGACGACCAACAAGCCCAACCUCAGUAUUACAUGGCCACAGGCUAUGUUCAACAACCUCAGUACUAUGUUGCUCCACAGCAAACUCAACCACAACAGCAGUAUGAUAUGUUUGGCAAUCCAAUACAGAAUGCCAUGAACACAGGCUUGUACCAGCAACAAUACUACCAACAACAGGAUCCUAUGCAACAACAACAACCUCUGUUUACUGGAUUCAAUGCUCCCCAACCCCAGCAACAACCUCAAGAAUUGCAGCCUUUGAAGACGGGCUCGAAUAACCCAUUCGCAUUACAAAGUGAAUCUGCUCAACAGCAACCAGCUUCCCAGUCUUUGAAUGAUAUAGCUUCUCAACAACAACAAGACCUCUAUCAACAGCAACUUCAACAACAGCAGCAACAACAACAACCCCAAUUUUUCACCCAGCCAACUUCGCAGCUCAAGCCGCAAAAUACCUCAUCGUCCAAAUUUAAUGACUCCACUCAUGGUGAGUUGAACAAUUUAUUGGCCCAAGGCACUGGUAUCGAUACAUUUGGUAAUACCGGUGCUACAAGAAUCCCUCAUCAACAUACAAAAACUCAACAAUUUAUAAAUUCAAGUGGUACUGGUUACAAACAAAACUAUGAUGAAGCCAAGUUGAGUUCGAAUGCCACUGGUAAUCCGUUCUUAAAUACUGGCAUUGGGUACCAACAGCAAAGUCAAAUUAACCCUGCCUAUACUGGCUAUGGAUUCGGAAAUGCCAAUGCGCAACAGCAACAGAGGCGUAACGAUGGUCCAAGUUUAAUUGACAUUUGA